AUCCCUUCUGUAGUCUACUUUCUGCUGAGGAGAGGCAUGACGCUAGAUAUGUUUCACUCCUGUAAAUAUGAGACAACUUGAAAUAUUCUUCUUCUGUUUCCUCACAACCAGUAACCUCACGGACUAAUGGGGCUUAUACUGCUGAGCCUGAUUCUCCUGUACUGGAUCAACACCGCGGAGGGAUCAUGUUCAGCUGGCAGCGCUGCAGUGACCUGUGAUGAGUGUCUGCAGCUCAGCUCUCACUGUGCCUGGUGCACACAGGAGAAUUUCACAGACUGGUUUUCAGUCAGCGAGCGAUGUGACACACUGGAUAACUUAUUAGAAAAUGGAUGUGCCAGGGACCAGCUGGAGUUCCCUGUUUCCGUGGGUCAAAUCUUGCAAGAUCACCCGCUUGGGAAGAAAACAAUCAACGACAACACCACCCAGAUCUCCCCACAGAAAAUGGCCCUCAAGCUGCGACCUGGCACUCAGGUGACUUUCCAGGUCAAGAUUCAACACACAGAGGACUAUCCUGUGGACGUCUACUACCUGAUGGACCUGUCGGCGUCCAUGAUCGACGAUCUUGUGAUGAUCAAAGACUUGGGCACCUCUCUAUCUAAAGAGAUGGCCAAGCUCACCAGUAAAUUCCGAAUGGGCUUUGGUUCCUUUGUGGAGAAACCCGUCCUGCCCUUCAUCAAGAUCACAGAAGAAGAGCUGGCUAACCCCUGCAGGGGUGUAGGCUUGCACUGCCUGCCAACAUUUGGCUAUAAACACGUUUUGUCUCUGACGAGCAGUACUGACAAGUUCAACGAAAUAAUUGCAAUGCAGCGCGUUUCAGCAAACAUUGAUGUGCCAGAGUGUGGCUUUGACGCUGUCAUGCAGGCAGCUGUUUGUGGGGACAAAAUAGGCUGGAGGAAUGACUCGAUGCGUUUGCUGGUGUUUGUCAGUGAUGCUGACUCACACUUUGGGAUGGACAGUAAGAUGGCUGGCAUCGUGAUUCCCAACGAUGGUCAGUGUCACCUGGAUGUCAACAACGAAUACUCCAUGUCCACAGUGCUGGAGUAUCCCACUCUUGGUCAGCUGAUUGAUAAGGUGGUGGAGAACAACAUCCUAUUGAUAUUUGCUGUAACAGAAGGAGAACAAAAUAACUACAAGAACUAUGCAGAUCUCAUACCUGGCGCCACAGUUGGAGUUGUGGCGAAGGAUUCGCGGAACAUCCUGGAACUGAUUGUAACAGCGUACAAAGAACUGCGUUCGGAGAUCGAGCUCGAGGUCCUUGGAGACACAGAAGAGCUCCACAUGUCUUUUACAGCCAUUUGCCCAAAUGGGACCGUCUUCCAUGAUCAGAAGAACUGCUCCAACAUCAAACCUGGAGAAACGGUAGUGUUCAACGUGACUGUGGAGCUGCCUGAAUGCCUGUCCGGAGUUCGGCACUUCUCCCUGAAGCCGGUGGGUUUACAGGACAGUCUGGAGGUGGAACUGGAGUCUCUCUGCUCGUGUGACUGUAGGCAUACUCCUGAAGCAAACAGCAGCCAGUGCACCGAGGGCCAGGGGGCUUUCCAGUGUGGAGUGUGUGUGUGUCACCCGGGGUUCCUGGGAGCAGAGUGUGAAUGCAAUGAGGAAAGCGCUUUGUUGAGCAACUGCCUCGCAAACAAUGAGUCUGAGAUAUGCAGUGGUCAGGGGCAGUGCUACUGCGGAGAGUGUGUGUGUCAUGCUUCCAGUUUUGGACGCAUCUACGGACCUUACUGCGAGUGUAACAACUACUCCUGUGUUCGUUUCCGGGGGGAGCUCUGUGGAGGCCACGGGGUGUGUGACUGCGGGGAGUGUCACUGUGAAAGCGGAUGGACAGAGGAGUACUGUAACUGCAGCAGCAGCACUGAUGCGUGCAUGUCAGAGGAUGGAGCUCUCUGCAGCGGGCAGGGGAGGUGCGAGUGUGGCCACUGUGUGUGCUCGGUACCUGGAGCAUCAGGGGACAAGUGUGAGAAGUGCCCAACAUGCGGAGACGCCUGUACCUCUGCAAGGGACUGUGUUGAGUGCCAUCUGCAAGAUGACGACGAUGCAGAGUUGUGUGAUCAAAAGUGCAGCGUCCCUAAAAUAUCCAUCAACACGACUGCAGAUUAUGACAAGAGCCCUUCUAUGAAAUGCAAGCUGAUGAUGGAGGAUGAGUGCUGGGUAUCAUUUAAUGUGGUAGGAGGUGAGACAGGGAUCACGGCCUAUGAUCUCCUGAAGUUUGGUUGCCCGGAGCCACCUAACAUCCCCAUGAUUAUUCUCGGCGUCUCCCUAUCCAUUGUGUGUAUCGGCCUGAUCCUCCUGGCAGUGUGGAAGGUGCUCGUGUCUGUCCACGAUCGCAAAGAGGUGGCUAAGUUUGAGGCCGAGAGGGCAAAGGCAAAAUGGCAGACGGGGACCAACCCUUUGUUCAGAAGCUCAACGUCUACAUUCAAAAAUGUAACUUAUAAGAAAACAGAGAGAGAAAAGAUCAUUACGCUGGGUCACUACUGAUGAAAAACCGGAGACAACAACAUCUGAGUGCACUUAUGUGUGUGUGUGUGUGUGUGUGUGUGUGUGUGUGUGUGUGUAUGUGUGUUUGACACAGAGAGAAAGAAUGUUGUACUAAAUUUGUCUUUGAAUUGCUAUGUUGUGUUGAAUCAGAGAUGUUCUAAGUGACACAGUAGACACCACUGUGAACAGACAACAUAACGUGAUGAUUUGCUGCUGUAAACGUGCACUGUCGAUGUACUGUCAAACACUGCACUUUCCUGAUGCAAGAUCCUACAAACUUUAACUUUGUCUACUGUAAAAUUCAGCUUGGGAAGGAGGAGUCUAUGCUACAAGUGACUACUACUGAAACAUUUGUUGUUCUAUUCUAAAGUUAUACAGGUGGAUUAUUUUUUUCAUGUUGUGUUUUUGUGUUUGUUUGUUUAUUGUAAAAUAAGGCUGAGCCUUUAAUGUUGACAAUUGAGUUUUUUAAGUGGCAUGGCACAUAAAUAAAGUGGAACUUUGACUGUU